AAGCUGUCCUCCAAUAAAAAAAAAAAAAAUCUAUUAUUUAUUUGAAGCUAUAACACAUUUGCUUCUUUCCAGUUGAAUUAUAAUCGGCAUCUGUUGCUUGUAUUUCCAGUAAGAUUUCUGAUCAGUGCUGGAGUCAUGAGAGUUGAUUUGUGUCAUGAAGAAGUCUUGCAGGCUCUCAGUUUGUUCCCGUGGCUUCAACAGAUCGUGUUGUGGCCGUGCCUGCAUGCAUGUGGUUGCAGAGAAAUCUUUUUCACACUUGCAGGGAACGCAUGCGCGGAGAGGAAACCAACUGGUUUGUGUCAAGUCGGAGGCAGACGGAUGUGAUCGAGCUGAAAAUCACCUGUAUUCUGGCAUUCAUGGUGACACAUCCAUGGGCUCAGAGAGGGCGGAGAUGCGCAAGAGACAGAUGCAGGUUCAUCAGGAAGCAGCUGCCAGUGUCCUCCAAGCGCGCCACAAAAUGGGAAACACCCCCACCAACGCCUCAAACGCCUGCUGCUUCUGCUGGUGCUGCUGCUGUAGCUGCUCCUGUUUGACUGUUAGAGGUGACGAAGAAACCAUACAGAGGUCAACGUUUGAGCAGCAGCCAGAAGGGAACUCCAAUUGUGAAGAAAGCCCGAAACCCACUGUGGACGAAGCUCGCUCCUGGGCGGUGUCGUUCGAGAAGCUGAUGAAAAGUGCAGCUGGGCGAAGCUGCUUCAGGCAGUUCCUGAGGACGGAGUUCAGCGAAGAGAACAUGAUGUUCUGGCUCGCUUGCGAGGAUCUGAAGAAAGAGACGAAUAAGACGGUGGUGGAGGAGAAAGUCCGCCAAAUAUACGAGGACUUCAUCUCCAUUCUGUCCCCGAAAGAGGUCAGCUUGGACUCCCGAGUCCGAGAGGUGAUAAACCGCAACAUGCUGGAGCCGACCUCGUGCACGUUCGACGACGCUCAGCAGCAGAUCUACACGCUGAUGCAGAGAGACUCGUACCCUCGCUACAUAAACUCACCCGCGUACACGGAUCUGCUGAACAGCUUGGAGGAGCCUCCCCCCGAGCCAUAAACUCUCUCCACUGCCACACCGUUAGCUUUUCAGCGCAUGCAUACCCCCCCCCAAAAAAAAAAACACACACAUACUCAAACAAAAGGAGGAGCUUCUGUGUAAAAAGUCAGAGACCUGCUAUUUAGAGAAAGACAGACAGGAAAAUGAACCCAGCUGAAAGCCAGUCUUUAUCCAGCUGGUAACUGCUGUUUAUUUCCGCAUGAUUAGUGGAUUUUCAAAUCCUUCAGAGCAACCGAGAACAAAAGCUAGGUUCGGCAUCUGUUACUGUAUUUGUUCAGAAAACAUAUCUAUAUUUUUAUACAUAUAUAAAUAUAUAUAAAUAUAUUCCCUAGCGCUUGACAUUGCACUUUUCUACCUUAUUUAAAGCGGGAAAGCAUGUAUCUGUGAGCACUGCAUUUGUAUUUAGGUAUAUUGUGAGCCUUAAUGCAUAUUCAGUUCUUGUAGAAACUUGUAGGUUUUAUUUAAAUGUACCUUAGGAAGAAAGGAAAGUGCCUUGGAUCAACAUCUUCUACACAAGCACCUUUUAGUCCGACGUGAACGGUGCGACAACUUCACAUGUUGGUGCUUUCAGCUCUUCUCAAAGACACACAUGUAUAUAUAUAUAUAUAUAUAUAUAUAUAUAUAUAUAUAUAUAUAUAUAUGAAAGGUUUUUACAACUCGACGAGCUGAUACCCAGAAAUCGAUCUCGUCUGUGUGUUUCAAUACUGUGAUAUUAGUCAUAUAUUUAAUUUCAACAGAACAGGGAAAAAUAUGCUGAAUACAUGACCAUGAACACUGAUAUAUUUAUGUAUGAUUUAAAGAUAUAAAAAAAGGGAAUUUGUGUGAAAUAGCUAUUUGAAUUCUCACGAAUUAAAUAAAGCACAAUCAUAUGUUCUUGCUCUCAUUUGAUAUGAGCAUUAA